UACAAGCCGAUCUAAACAAUUCCAAUAUUUCUUCUACAAGUCUCCAGAGGGCCGUAAGCCGCACCCUAAAUCAUGGCUCCACGUAAGGGAAAGACCCAGAAGGAGGAGGUGCAAGUCCAGCUGGGACCACAGGUGCUGGAUGGAGAGAAGGUGUUCGCUGUGUGCCACAUUUACGCCAGCUACAACGACACCUUCGUGCACGUCACUGAUCUGUCUGGCAGGGAGACCAUCGUGCGCAUCACCGGUGGCCAGAAGGUGAAGGCUGACCGUGACGAGUCCUCCCCCUACGCUGCUAUGUUGGCCGCGCAGGAUGUUGCUGAGAAGUGCAAGACUCUGGGCAUCACCUGCCUGCACAUCAAGAUCCGUGCCACAGGCGGCAACAAGACCAAGACCCCAGGACCCGGUGGCCAGUCCGCCCUGCGAGCCCUGGCCCGUGCCGGCAUGAAGAUUGGACGUAUUGAGGAUGUGACGCCAGUGCCCUCAGACAGCACACGCAGGAAGGGUGGCCGCAGGGGCAGGCGCCUGUAAUUGUCUGGCUCUAAUUAUAGUGAUCCGUUAA